GCUCCACAGAUAAACCAAGCAGCAGCAGCAGCAGCAGCUCUGAGUUCUGGGGCCUCCAGGGCGGUUGAAAAUCUCUGCCACCUAAGGAAGACCUGGCUCUCGCCUCCCAAGGGGGUUCUACAUGUCUGCAGCUUGGGAUCACACAGAUGUAGGCAGCCCUCUCAACAGGUUGAUGUAAAAAAAAAAAACUCUUUGCCAGGGGCCUCAAGGGGCCUUGAAAUCCAAGGAUGAAAGCCGACAAACUGGAAUACAAACUCUCCCCUGGGCCGACAUCUUUGUUUUAAAAGGACUGUUAUUGCUGAUUUUUUUUUUUUCAUUUUUCCUGGAACAAAUUUUGCCAAAUUUGCUUGCAAUCUUCCUUUAAAACUGCUGCACCGGCUACAAAACAGAUGGCAAGACAGCUUCGUCCCCUGUCAGGUGUGUCUGAGAGGUGUUUGUGUGAGCGAGCACUCAGAGCAUUGGAUGUUUAUGAGAGCUUAUAAUUGAACAGCAAAAUCUCAGCGUGUCUGUUGGGAGCAGUUGUUGGAAUUGGUGUGUGUGUGUGUGUGUGUGUGUGUGUGUGAAACAAAUCAGAAGGGACUGAAGUUUGUGUGUGUGUGUGUGUGUGGUGGUGUGGCCCACUGGAGUUCGUAGCCCUGGAUUUCCUGGAGAUGGAGGGUCAUGGAUAUGACCGCUUUGGAGACGGGGAGAGGGACACUUACCAAAUUGACUACCGGAGGAUUGUGGGGGACAUGGAGCCGGCAAGGCCCCGCGUCCCCAACAGAGAAGGGGAGCAGCCUCAUCCGUACGGGGCCUACGUCCACUCGACGCCACACGGACACGGCCAUGAGACUGCCGCCCAGCGCUACAGCGCUACGCGGAUCCAAGCGGGAUACGAACCAGAGAGUAUGGCAGACUACUUGAUCAGUGGAGGCACAGGUUACGUUCCUGAGGAUGGAUUAACAGCACAACAGCUCUUUUCUAUCGGCGACGGGCUCACAUACAAUGACUUCCUGAUCCUUCCUGGUUUCAUAGAUUUUAUGUCUGAUGAGGUGGAUCUAACCUCUGCACUGACAAAGAAGAUAACCCUGAAGACGCCUCUUAUUUCAUCUCCCAUGGAUACAGUCACAGAGUCUUCUAUGGCCAUCGCUAUGGCACUGAUGGGCGGGAUUGGGAUAAUUCAUCAUAACUGUACCGCUGAGUUUCAGGCCAAUGAGGUGCGCAAAGUAAAGAAAUUUGAGCAGGGCUUCAUCACAGACCCAGUGGUCAUGAGUCCCCGACACACAGUGGGCGAUGUGUUCGAGGCAAAGAUACACCAUGGUUUUUCUGGGAUCCCUGUUACAGAGACGGGCAAGAUGGGUAGCAAGCUGGUCGGUAUAGUGACCUCCAGAGACAUUGACUUCCUGUCUGAGAAGGACCAUGACAGACCCCUGGAGGAGGCCAUGACAAAAAGGGAGGAUUUAGUCGUUGCACCUGCUGGGGUCACACUAAAAGAAGCUAAUGAUAUACUGCAACGUAGCAAAAAAGGUAAGCUCCCCAUAGUGAAUGACAGUGAUGAGCUGGUUGCCAUCAUCGCUCGGACCGACUUGAAGAAGAACAGAGAUUAUCCUCUGGCAUCUAAGGACUCCCGCAAACAGCUGCUGUGCGGAGCUGCCAUUGGAACAAGGGACGACGACAAAUACAGACUGGACCUGCUCAUGCAAGCCGGUGUGGAUGUGGUAGUGCUGGAUUCCUCCCAAGGAAACUCAGUGUAUCAAAUCAACAUGAUAAACUACAUCAAACAGAAACAUCCUGAACUGCAGGUGGUCGGAGGAAAUGUGGUGACUGCUGCUCAAGCUAAAAACCUCAUAGAUGCCGGUGUGGAUGCACUGAGGGUGGGCAUGGGGUGUGGCUCUAUCUGUAUCACCCAGGAAGUGAUGGCGUGCGGACGGCCCCAAGGUACUUCAGUGUACAAGGUUGCAGAGUAUGCCCGGCGUUUUGGUGUGCCAGUGAUUGCUGAUGGAGGCAUUCAGACUGUUGGACAUGUGGUGAAAGCUCUGGCCCUGGGAGCAUCUACAGUGAUGAUGGGGUCGUUGCUUGCGGCAACCACCGAAGCUCCUGGAGAAUAUUUCUUCUCAGAUGGAGUGCGUUUGAAAAAAUACAGAGGGAUGGGCUCGCUGGAUGCCAUGGAGAAAAAUAAUAGCCAGAAACGUUACUUCAGUGAGGGAGAUAAGGUGAAGGUGGCUCAAGGUGUCUCAGGAUCAGUACAAGAUAAAGGCUCUAUCCAUAAAUUUGUUCCUUAUCUCAUUGCUGGUAUCCAACAUGGCUGUCAGGAUAUAGGAGCCAAGAGUUUGUCCAUUUUAAGGUCAAUGAUGUACUCUGGAGAGCUGAAGUUUGAGAAGAGAACCAUGUCUGCUCAGAUGGAGGGAGGAGUCCACGGCCUCCACUCAUAUUCUUUUGUGCCAUUUACGAGAAACGGCUUUACUGAGUCUGGAGGAAGAGGAAACACUCGAGCGGGACCUAACGUCCCGACCCCGGCAGCUCUGAGCAGAUGCAGCGGACGCAUGUGAUCAAACUACAAGAACGACGCUCUCAUUGGUGUACUAAAUCCACACUCAAUAAUCUACUUUUUUGUGCCCCCCCCCCCCUUUUUUCAUGGUUUUUCUUACCACUAACCACUUCAAAAAGAGCUAAACAACACACUUUACCUUGAGUCUCAUCUUGAUAGAGGAGCCUCUUGGAUUAAUAGACGUGACUGCACAUGAACUCUUUAUCUUUCUGUCUCCCACUGUGUGGCCAAGGUGUGAUCUGCUGAUCUCUUCCAACAAGCAAACACAUUUCAUUUCCUUCUUAUUGGUCAUGCUUAAUUGCAAAAACAAAGCUUGCAGUGGUGCAGUCCAGAAAAUCCAUCCUUCAGACAUUUGAAAACAUUUUAUUUCUUUGAAAGAGAAACGAAGGAAACAUUUUUAAAUAGCAUUCUGCUGAAAGCGGAGCAGACUCCAGAAAUGUAAUAUACUCUAGAACUAUAUAUAGACAUACCAUUUUCUUGCCGGUAACCUUGUGUAUAAAGCUAACUGACCCAGAAGGACAUUUUAAGUAUAAUACAUAUAGUGAACUUGUGUUGUUAUUAUCCUCUCACUGCACCAAGUAAAUUGUGUUAAGAACAUUCAGUGUCAUUUCUCAGACAAGUCAACAUUUGUUUGUUACACAAAUGGGUUACCUCACCCUGAGCCGAUGAGCUAUUUGAAUGUGCUUCACUGCUGCAGAAGGGACAUAAGCUUAGCAUCGGCCUUAACUCACGAAUACACAUUUUUUAACAAGAAGAGUUUAAAGGAGUUUAAAGGAACCCUUUUUCCACGUUCAUCAUCUUUGGCAUAGAAAAUAAUAAUUUAAAACAUUUUUAAGUCUGAAGACAUGACACUUCUAACACUUAACAUCUUCAGUUAUCUGAUUUAUUUUCUACAUCCUCCCCCUGUUUAAAACACAUUGGCUGGAAAUGUGAUCUUCCAUAAUUUAAUUUUGCAAAAUGAAGUUUUAAACCACAUGACUAUGGAAUGUACAUAUACAUAGUUUUGUAUAUUUCUGGGCUCUAUAUUAAAAAUUGUAUUUGUGAUUCGUUGAAAUAGGGCUAAGAACUCAGUUGAAAGGCCCAAGUUCAAUAUAUAUUUCUUUCUGAUUUGUAGUCAAAAUUUUGUCAGUCUUUCAUGUGAUUUCCUUUUUUCAAUGUCUUUGAUUUUACAGUAUGUAGCUCUUUGAUAAGUUCUGGAUCUUAAGUUGAUUUAGCAAAAACCUGGCAUGUUCUUUUAUGCUAACUUGUUGGUUAUCAGGCUUAUUUUAAAGUUUUCUAUAGGGUUGAAAAUAAGUCACAACAUACUACUUUAUAACCCAUUCCAUAAAUUAUAUUCACUGUAAAUAGUGUUGCAUGAAUAAAGUUAUUUUUAAUAGGGGUA